UUAAAAAAGGGGGGAAAGACAGGCUUGUUUUAAGUUCGAUCCUUUUUAUAUUCAAAAAGCAAGCCUUUUAGACGGACAGACAAUCUCGCACCCAUGACAAUCGGGCAGUACGCUACCAUUCGACACUAUACAAUUAAGAACGCGUAGAAAUGAAGUAGACUCCGGGAACAAGGCUGGUCCUCGACAGACGUCUCUAGCUCUCAAAUCCGGAAGUCCAUGCUCAGUAUACACUGGCACGUGAACAAGUAAACGCAAUUCGCAACUAAUCAACACGAUCAAAAGAAAACUCAGAAAAAUGAUUACCACUAACCGAUUCACCCAAGUUACUUUUUAUGAAAACCUUCAAUGUUGAGCCUGCUUUUGUCAUCAAUCGGGCGAGAAAGAAGAGAAAGAUCGGCGGACGAAAGUUUCAAUAAAUCGUGUCACAACACGUACACACGACGUACCACAGCCACACGCCAAUGACAUCCUAGUCACAUCCACACAAAUUUACAAUGCUUUAACGCUUGCGGCGUAGCACUCACUAGCAGUGCACGUAAACUAUUGGAAAUUCCUUGUUGCAAGCGAGAAGUUGAACGUUAUCUGUUCCGAUCCUAUGGGAGCAAUGGGUUCCUUUUUUAAUGGUGGAUCCCGAAAAAAACCGCGCUAUGAGCGUCUUCCACUUGAUACCUUCUUUCCAUCGGGCUCGACCAUAACAAGAACGCAUGAGCACCACGAUGAUCUUGAUGAAGACAACCUUUUGUUUGACUUGGACAACCAGGGUAGCCAGAAUGGCCGUCUAUUGCCGGCCAAGAAUGGAUAUGACUCGGAGGAGGAAAUCGAGUUCUACAAGGACACUCGCAGGUCUCGGGACCGGAGGAAUAGUCCACCUUCCUCAUGCUGCUGCCUUGUCUGUCUGCUCGUUGUGCUUGUCGUUGUUGCGCUGCUCUUUUGUGCUCUGUACUUGAUAAGACCUAGGGCACAAAACACAGUGGGACUGGGAUGGACAUCUUCCACUUAUGAAUAUGCCACAGAGACUGCAAUGCGUCUCUACGACGUCAACCAAGAUGGCAUCGAGGAUGUUAUUCUUGGGGCAGCCGUCACAUCCUCAUUAAAGGACAUAGAGAGCGAAAUCGAAUUCUGCAGAAAACAUGAUAUGAAGUAUCCAUGUGCGGGACUGAUCAUGGCAUUAGAUGGACGCAAUGGCACCAGACUAUGGACUAUAUAUACCGAAGUGGAAGUAUUUGCCAUUCAGUGUGGGAAACUAGACAUCAAUCAAGAUGGCCAUAUGGACUGUGUAGCGGCCGGACGUAUGGCCACACUGCAUGGUAUUGAUCCAAUUAAAGGUGUGAUUCUGUGGUCAGCCGAUCCCAGCGUGACCAAUCCUCAUUUCAACUUCUACCAAGGUCAAGUUGUACCCGAUAUGGAUCAAGAUGGCGUCCAAGAUUUUGUGGUGACUCACGGUGGCGACACCAGGUUCUCCGAAAAGGAAUUGGAUAGGCCAGCAGGAAGGCUGCUCCUCCUGUCGGGCAAGACUGGACGAAGCCUGGGCAGAUAUCUGUCCUUACCUGAUGAGCAUGAGACCUACUCAGCUAUAACACUCUACACAAGGCACAACGGAGCUGUCUACUUGCUGUUUGGAUCAGGGGGUGAAACUAUUGCAGGUUCACUAUGGACCAUCUCCCUGCGAGACUUGUACUGCUACGUGAUGUCAAUAACAACGUGCAGUGCCAACAGUCUGUCCCACGUGACUCACUUGCAAAGUAAGGGAUAUGAAGAGAGUUGGGGAACGCCUGUACAGACUCUAUCAAGCGGUGUCAAUGAGAUUAUCAGGAGUGAUUCCAGCAAGGGUGUGACUGUUCCCACGGAGCUGGUAGACAUGAACAACGACGGCAUAGAUGACCUGGUCGUGUUUAUGUACAACAGCACCAUCACAGUGCUGAACGGGCUCAACCUGGAGGUCAUCUGGUCAACCGGCAGCCGGUUUGUCGAGUUUGAGACCUACAGCAAUCCUGCACCAGGCUAUUUCAAUGACGACGACACCGUUGAUCUCAUGGUGCGAUUGAGCAAGGGGACAUGGCCCGAGUUCAAGUCUACCUACGUCUACAUCCUGGAUGGCAGAAAUGGAGAGAUUCUCUGGUACCUCAAAACCCCCAGCAUCGGCCCCGUCAUGUCCUCACCCCUCACCCUCCAGUCCUAUGGUCGGAAAGAUGCCUUCAUAUUCUGGGCACAGGGGCUCAGCGGCGAGAUCACGGGAGAAGAGUUGGAGCCCCCAGGGCACGAGAUGGGACCCGAGAUGGGAUCCGAGGUGGGACCCGAUAUGGGACCCAAUAUGGGAUCCGAGAUGGGACCCGAGGGGCGUGUGGAUUCAUCGGUUCCCCCAGGACGUCCACGUAGACACGGGGAAAUGGGCCCAGAGCAACCGUGUCUGUUGAGCACGGACGUCUUCCAUGCCGAUCUGCUAUUGGUAGACAGGGAUCUAGCUCUGAAGCCUCUACGAUUGGCGUCUAUUGAGGCUUACAAGUAUAACUACUCUCUCACUGAAGAAGACAGACUCCUCUUGAAAGAAAAAUUGCAUGAUGACCAAGAUCUUGGCGCCAUGGAAACAGUACCACCUGACACCCAUGUGACUCCUCCCAGCAAAUUGGCUCCUCUGCCUACCAAAGCAAUGGUGACCGAGGAAGAUCUAGCAAGACACGAUUUACACCGUCACAUGACUACCUCUGCUAAUGCUGUUACAACUCCAGAGGACGUAGAUCCUGUAACUGAGGCUGUGGUAUUGCCAGAGGGGCUGGAGCCAACAACUAUUGCUGCUACAAUUCCAGAGGAAAUAGGGCCAAGUACUGAGGCUGGUACGUUGCCAGAGGGGCUCGAGUCCACAAUUAAAGCUCUUACAAGUCCAGAGGGGCAGGAGUCACGGGCCGCGAUGAGUACAUCUGAAAUUAUUGAAGAAACAACUCUGAGACGAGAAGCAAUUCAGACUUCUAGUGUGAGUGAAGUUGUUCAGUUUAAUACCCCAUCUACAACUAGUUUAGUGAACGACAUUGAAACUUCAAGUGUGCAUUCAACCAAUGAAAUUUUCAGUACAGGUUCUGACAAUAUUACACCCAUGAGUACAAAUAGUGAAACAACAACAAAAACAUUAGAAACAACAGUCAGUGGGGUAUCUACGACUUCUGAAACAACCGGCACUCCAAGAGAAGAAAUUACAACAGUGAGUAUGCCAGAAACUACAACACCACUUGAUCUCUCAACAAACUUGCUUGAAGUGACAACAGAGGGCUCACAGACUGCUACAGAAACUGCUACAUCACCAGAUGUCAAUGCAUCAGCUUCGACUCUUGGAUUGGAAACAUCAAGUCUGGAAGCAACAGCUGCAAGUGAACUUGCUACACAAAGCACACAGCUCCCCACAACAGAAUUUGAAGACUAUCCGCAACAAAGUACAUCGGAAUCAGAGACUGGGACACUCUCUCUAGAUGACACUACUCCACCAAUGGAAAUCAACAGUGGUCCACAGGCUGUCAACUCCAGUAGUCCACAGGCUGUCAACUCCAGUAGUCCACAGGCUGUCAACUCCAGUAGUCCACAGGCUGUCAACUCCAGUAGUCCACAGGCUGUCAACUCCAGUAGUCCACAGGCUGUCAACUCCAGUAGUCCACAGGCUGUCAACUCCAGUAUUCCACUGGCUGUCAACUCAACUCAUACCAGUAGUUCAAAUAACAAGUCUGACACCGAUACAAAUAAACCCACUUCGUUACCUGUAAGCCAGGGCACAAACCAUAGUUCUGAGGAAUCGCACAUAGAGACAAAAGAGGAAAUCACAAAUAACAAUCAAAGUACAACACAUCUGGCCGAGCUUUUCACAGAGCUAGGUAUGGUCGCAGACCAAGAAACGUCAACACCACAAAAGCCAGAGACUCCGUCGAAGCCUGCAUUGCAGAAACAAGGAGGUACGUCAACAGCAUCAGGGCCAGAAGGGGGCAAGUUGCUACGUAGGAGGAGAGAGAUUCCUGAAAGUGACUUGUGCUUAGUCUACCAACCCAGUCUGUUUGGAACAGGUAUCAUUGGUGACUUGGACAAUGACGGCAACCUGGAUUACGUUUACGUCGAGACUCAAAUGGCCCAACUGACUGACGAGGAUUCCCACUACCUCACCACCAAGCUGAGGCUGAGAGUCCACAGGCUGGUCCUGAAGAGCGCCAUCAUGAGGCGGAAUUGGGUCAGGUUGGAGGACGACCAAGUCAUGCUGAGCGAAGGAGUCAGUAGGGAGGAGGUAGAUGUGGAAGAAUUGGAGGAGCAUUUUCGGUUUCUGCCGGCGGACAAGCAGAGCUGGACUUCCUACAUGGGGAAAAACGGGGAUGAAAAGUUUAGGAAGAAUAACAGGUGAUCUAGGUUAAUAUUGAGCAAAGAGCGUAGUAGGUUUAGUCCAAGACUGGUUUUUGAGUUUGUUCCCAAAUGCAGCUGCUCCUUGACAAGUGCCGCAGUACUACCAACAAGAGGAAUCAAGCUACAUACCGGUAAUAUCACACGUGUGAAGUAUGCUCAGAAUUUUGCGGGUCCCAGUGCCAAACUUCCCAAGACUACAUUUGAUUCAUCUUCUUGAUAGCAUCCGCUACUGCUGUGGUGUCUUGAUCAUGCUCGCUAGGGAUUGGGACCAGCUGCA